AUGUCAUGUGGCUCUCCCUCCAUCUUCUCUCUGGACGAAUAUUUCCUCUCUCUCACUCUCUCUCAGUAUCUCUCUCUUUCAAAUAUACUCUUCCUCUCUCUCUCUCUCUCUCUCUCUCUCUCUCUCUCUCUCUCUCUCUCAUUGUGUUUAUUUCACCUUUCUGUCUCUAGCCACUCCUUCCCUUUCUCUCCGAGCACUGUAAUGUCAUGUGGCUCUCCCUCCAUCUUCUCUCUGGACGAAUAUUUCCUCUCUCUCACUCUCUCUCACUAUCUCUCUCUCUUUCAAAUAUACUCUCUCUCUCUCUCUCUCUCUCUCUCUCUCUCUCUCUCUCUCUCAUUGUGUUUAUUUCACCUUUCUGUCUCUAGCCACUCCUUCCCUUUCUCUCCGAGCACUGUCAUGUCAUGUGGCUCUCCCUCCAUCUUCUCUCUGGACGAAUAUUUCCUCUCUCUCACUAUCUCUCUCUUUCACAUAUACUCUCUCACACUCUCGCUUUAUUUCUCUCUCUCUCUCUCUCCCUCUCUCUAA